GAUUGUGAUUGCCAAGCGCCCAGGUGGUAGCUACCUGUACCUAAGACUUAUUUCAUCUAACCCAACAAAAAAUUAAAUAAAAGCGGAAAUGCGCAUCUUUAUUGUUUCCUGCCUGCUAGGCCUGGCUGUGGCAGCACCACAAGGAUAUAACUACCAGGCCCAGCAACAGCAGCAGCAGCAGCAGCAACAACCGUUUGGUCAAUUGCAAUUGCCAGCAAUUCCUCAAUUUGCCAGUCCUGCAGAGCAAUCUAUUGUGCAGCAGGCAUUGCAGGCACCCAAAGUGCAACAAGUGUUGAAUAUUGGUUCCACUUACUCUGCUCAACCACAGCAGCAGAUCCAGAAUACUGUCUAUCAGCAACAGCCAACACAAUUGAAUGGCAACUUUGCCUACAAUUUGCCACAGCAGCAACAGUUCCAGCAACAUCAACAACAGCAACAACAACAUCUCGUCUCCAAGGACAUCUAUGUGCAUGUACCGCCUGUAGAUGAUGCAGAAGAACGUUAUCCACAACCACCAUUGCCAGUUGCACCACCACGCAAGCAUUAUCGCAUUGUGUUCAUCAAGGCACCCAGCCCAAGUGUUAGUAAGGCGGCUCUUCGCGUUAAACAGGCUCCCGUGGAGGAGAAGACCAUCAUCUAUGUGCUGACCAAGAAGCCAGAUCCUCUGGAAUUGCAGGCUGCCAUCGAAGAGGCAGCACCCAAGCCACCAAGCAAACCAGAGGUCUUCUUCAUCAAAUACAAGACUCAGGAGGAAGCGGCUCAUGCCCAACGCACCAUUCAAGCUCAAUACGAUCAACUUGGCGGCACUUCACAGGUCUCUGACGAAGGCAUUGCACCAGUCACUUCAGUCAUUGGAGUCUUGGAUAAUCAACGUUCCGUUUCCGGUGGAGUCAAUAUUGCAAAUCCUGGACAAGGAUUGCAAGGAUUAGUGCCUAGCAAAUAUUUGCCAGCCAAUUAUCGUUCUUAAGCAAAACGAUAUCGAGAACGUGUGAACUGAGAGUGAAAGUGUUUAUUUAUGUAAAUAGUUUAAUAAAAACAAGUUAUUGUUAUU